AUGUCCUUCUCAUCAACAUACAAGAUCUUACUACUGGCACAACUCUCAUUCCUGGUCGACUGUCACCUCAAGCUCAACAACCCAGUUCCAUACUCCAAGAGCACACUCCAACUCGAUCCUCUCAGAAACGUUGCGCCAGGAUCAGAACAAUCAGACUUUCCAUGUCAAUCCAAACGAAUCGGUGGUGCUGACCCAUGGAUCGUUGACCAUGAGAAUGAGCUGGUCGCUGGAGAACCUCAAACCAUGACCUGGGACGGAUCUGCAUCUCAUGGCGGAGGUUCCUGUCAGAUCGGUGUAACUCUGGACAGACAACCCACUGCCGACAGCACGUUCAAGACGAUCGCCAGCUUCAUUGGUGGUUGUCCUAUCGACGAUGCUAAUGGAGGCACACACCCCUUCAACUACACGAUUCCGUCAGAAGUUCCCAAUGGCAAAGCUACUCUAGCAUGGAGCUGGGUCUCUAAGCUGAGUGGUCAGCCAGAGUUCUACAUGAACUGCGCACCAAUCACCGUCUCUGGUGGCGCCGAAGACACCAAGGAGUUUGACCAACUCGAAGACAUGUUCAGAGUCAAUCUUCCAAGCUCAGAAUGCGGCAGUCAGCUCAGUAGCAAUCUCGAGAUCCCCAAUCCUGGCAGAUAUGUCACAACAAUCGACACGCGAGCACUUGCUCCACCAACUGGAAGUGGUUGUGCAGCUUUGAGUCAAACAACAGCCACUGAAAGCAACACCGCUGCAGCAUCAAGCACAGAGAGCGCGGCAGCCACUACUCCUCUCACAACUCUUACACCCGUGCCGUCAGCAGUCGAUACUACCACCACUUCUGCCGCUACAGCAACAUCUGCUUCAGCUACAUACCUUCCAUCGUCAUCACUAAGCAUGCUCAGCACAAUCCCAGGCCCUUACAGUAACAGCACGUCCUGUACCACAAACGGCGCUCUCGUCUGCAACGGACCCACCCAGUUCGGCCUCUGCAACUUCGGCCAAGUGAUUUGGCAACCAGUAGCUCCUGGCACAACCUGUCAAGAUGGUCAAAUCGUAGCCGACAACAACGACACCGACUCUCCAAGCUGCAGUCCUGAUGGCUCACUGGUCUGCAAUGGCUCUAAUGCAUUCGGUAUCUGCAAUUCUGGACAUGUGAUGUUCCAGCCUGUUGCGCCCGGCACGACAUGCAGUGAUGGACAGAUCAUGAGGAAGAGACAUCUAGGUAUACACAGACGUAGAAGUAUGGGUCAUGGUCAUCAUCAAAAAUUGUGA